AUGGACGACAUGGAUGUCAAGGUCGAAACAUCUACAAAAGCUCCCUUGGUCAGCGGACUAGUUGGCUUUGUUCUCAGCCAUUGGGCAAUCAUUAUACCCGCUGCAUUUCUCAUCCGUGCUCUGUACCGACGAUAUGCCUCCCCGCUGAGGAAAUACCCAGGACCUUUCCUCGCGUCUGUCUCACGCCUGUGGAAGGUCAUAUCGACGGCGUCGUCCCAGACGCAGUUUGAUCACAUCAAGCUGCACGAAAAGUACGGACCCGUUGUGCGAAUCGCCCCAAACGAGAUCUCCAUAUCUUCUCCCGAGGCGGCCAGGCUGCUGCUCAGUGCUGGAAAGCGCUUCACCAAGACGGAUUUCUACUCCGUGUUCCCGCCGCCAGAGAACCCAGAUAUAUUCACCGAGGUAAGGGAGGACGUGCACGCACGAGUAAAAAAGGUGGCCAACGUCCCGUACUCCAUGGCCGCCAUGCAGCAGCUGAGCCCCUUCAUCGACGACACCAUCGAGGCCUUGACCCACAAGCUCGACGGCAUCGUCGACGCGCCGACCGACGACCGAGAUGGCCCGCGCGUGGACCUGGGUACGUGGCUGCACUGGUUCGCCUUUGACGUCCUGGGCGAGGUCGCCUUUAGCCGGAGUUUUGGGUUCAUCGCCGAGGGCAAGGAUAUCGACGGCGCCAUCGAGGCCAUCGACAAAUCGCAGCGCUACAACGGCAUCGUCGGCCAGGUGCCGUUUGUGGAUCACCUGCUCCGCCGGAACCCGCUGUGGAAGUUUGUGCCCAGCUUCAACACGGCCAACGCCCCGAUCACAAAGAUUGCCAUGAGCGAGCUCGAUCGCCGGAAGCCAUUCGACAAGGAGAGCGAAGGCAAGUGGAGGGGCGGGGAUGGUCGGCAGGAUCUCCUGGCCAGUUUGAUCAAGGGCCAUCUCAAAGAUCCAGAGCGGUUCUCAGAGGGUGAUGUCUUUGCCGUUGCCCACGGUGCCAUUUUCGCUGGGUCCGACUCGACGGCCUCGACGAUGCAGUCCUUUUUCUGGCACUGCCUUUCCGAUCCACGUGUGCACGAGAAGCUCUUGGACGAAAUCAACAGCGCCGUCGCCUCAGGCCUCAUCCCGUCCUCGGGCAACCUCAGCUGGACCGAAGCCCAGACGCUGUCGUAUUUACAGGCAUGCCUCAAGGAGGCCAUGCGCGUGCGGCCGGCGGUCGGUCUAAACAUCACCAGGAAUGUUCCUCCCGAGGGAGCCGAACUCGAUGGGCACUUCUUCCGCGGCGGCACUAGAGUCGCAGUCAACGGCUGGGUGCUGCACCGAGACAAAAGCGUCUUUGGUAGUGAUGCAAAGGACUUUAGACCAGAGAGGUGGCUGGAGGAUGCUGAGAACGCAAAGAGGAUGGACAGAUACAUGUUCCAGAUCCACGACUUUAAACUGGCGACAUGCUGGAAAUAUUACCAGGUGGCAGAAUUGCACAACUGCAGGGCAAAAGGAAACAUAAAAGCAACCCAAGAAAAGAAAAGGAAAAAAAAAAAGAUGGCGUCCACACCCCAAUGGUCACUGACCGAGCACCUCCUCGAGUCCAACCCAGAGGCCUACGCAGCAGCAACGCAAUCGCCCUUCCUCCUUGCCGCAGCCAAGGGCCGACUGUCCAAGGAACUUCUGGGACGGUGGCUGGCCAACGACAGGCUCUACAUCCAGGGCUACAUCAAAGCGGUCGGACGCACGCUCGACGCCGUCGACCUGCCGCAGACCACCGCGACCGAGCCGGCAGGGCAGCAGCCCAGUCCAGAAGUGGAGUUUGUAAACUGGAUCUCGAAUGCCCUAGCCGGCCUCUGCCGCGAGCAGGGCAUGUUUGUCGACGUCGCCGCCCGCUACGGGCUAGACCUCGCCCUCGAGACGGGGCCGGACGGCAGGGUCAGCGAGUCGGCCAAGCUGCCCGGCUUGGUGCAAUUCGAGGCCCUGUUUGCUUCGCUGUUCCCUAGGGGUUGGCACGGCGCCGCCGGGGUGGACGACAGGCAGCAGCAGACCCAAAAGCACAGCGAAGCGCAACCUCUGCCGUGGCUCGAGGCCGCCGUGGUGCUCUGGGGAACGGAGCGGGUCUACCUGGACGCAUGGAGCUGGGCAAAAUCUCGGCAGAUCAGCAUGUCCUCUGCCGACAAGGGCGAGGACCAGGACGGAGGGGCGGUCAGGAAGGAAUUCAUCCCCAACUGGACCAGUCUGGACUUUUCGGCGUUUGUCGCAAGGCUGGGAGGGGUGUUGGAUAGAGCAGUGGCACGGGAAGGGGAGGGGGAGGCUGUUCGGCAGCAGAUUGUCGAGAGGGCCAAGCGCAAGUGGGACGAGCUGGUUGCUGCCGAAGCUGCUUUCUGGCCCGUGUUGGAUUCUUGA